UGAAAUCGUCAUUCUGUGAUUCCAUUCAAACACUUCUCUCUCACACACACUAUAAACCCACCAAAUAUCUCCAUAUCUCUUUUAUUCAUAACCUGCAAUUUGCCACCACCAAAAAAGAUUCCAUCUUCUCUCUUUUUAAAAAGCUCUGCAGACUUUUAGACUUCACUCACUUUUCUUCUAUUUUUUCAAGAAAGGCUUCGUUUUUUAUUAUCCAAAGGAAGCAAAAAAAAAAAAGAUGCAGGAUCUGACGUCAGCUGCAGCGUAUUACCACCACCAGUCGAUGCUAAUGAUGGCGGCGAAGCAGCAGCAGCAACCGGAGUUAUUACCGGAGCAAGAACAGCUCAAGUGCCCUCGCUGUGACUCACCCAACACCAAAUUCUGUUACUACAACAACUACAACUUGUCACAGCCACGUCACUAUUGCAAGAACUGUCGUCGUUACUGGACCAAAGGCGGUUCCCUCCGUAACAUCCCCGUCGGCGGCGGAUCUCGUAAGAACACUAAACGAUCCUCUUCUUCUUCUUCUUCUUCUUCUUCUUCUGCGUCGAGCAACAAUCUCAACGAUAAAACCGUUGCUGUUGUUCCCGACCAGAAACCUAGCUCGGAGGAGGAGUCCCGCCCGAAAUUAAUGGAAGAAGAGAGGAAAAUGACGGGUCGGGAAAUGGAUCCGACCCGGAUGUUAUACGGGGUACCCGUUGGAGAUCAGAGAUUCAGUCCGCUGAUGGGUUCGGAUGUCGGGAUGGGUGGGAUUAGUUACGAAACCGGGUCGAAAUGGUAUCCGGGUAUACAUUUGGGUUUGGGUCCGGGUAUUCGGAGGAAUGAUGGACACGCGUGAAGAAGAAUUAUAUAGUAGAGAAGAACCUGAAGAGUAAUUUAGCCAUCAAUAUAAGUAUAUCGCAGCAAAGGAUGUCGGUCCAUUUAGUGAUAUAAUCUUUUAUAUCACUUUUUAGUCAGUAUCUUUUCUUCUUUAUCUUUUCACAAUUGGCUCUAAUGAGUGUUAUAAUAUAAUGUAUCUAAUGAUAUUAUAGUGUGAGAUUGAAAAAAAAUUCA